GGAGGCUGUGCUGCCCUUGCUACAGGUUCGCUGUCGAGAGCGCAGGAGGCAGGGACAUGGGUAGGGUGCGGUCUGCACGGGGCCCGAGCCCGGAUCUCUUCCAUUUCCCCUCUCACUCGGCCCGGGGCUGCGCCGCAGACGGCAGUAGCUCCCGCUCCGCCCGAGCCGCCUGACCACCGGGCCGGGGUGCUAACCGCGGGUCCCUCCAGCCCGCCGGCCCGGCCAGCCCAGCCCAGCCCGGCGGCCCGCAGCCCCGCCGCCCGCCGCCCCCCGCCGCCGCCGCGUUGCCAAAACAAACGGGCCGGCCUAUUUAUUGGCGGCCGGCGAGCCGGGCAGCUCAGAGUCGAGGCGCCGAGGGGGACAGCGCGCCGCGACCAGCCAGGGCCCCGGGCCCCCGCCCCGCACCUGAGUCCUGCCGGCCUUGAGCCGUGCCGCGCCGCCCAUGGCGCCCCCGCCUGGAACCCCCAGGAGCCACCUGGACGCCUGAGCCCUAGCAGCGCUCCAGCCAACCCGCCCACCCCAUCAACCCACCAGGCUCCCUUGCCCGCUGCUCUACCGGGCUCCUUGGCCAUGUCUCCCGCCCGGCUCCGGCCCCGACUGCGGUUCUGCCUGCUCCUGCUGCUGCUGCUGGUGCCGGCGGCGCGGGGCUGCGGGCCGGGCCGGGUGGUGGGCAGUCGCCGGCGGCCGCCCCGCAAACUCGUGCCGCUUGCCUACAAGCAGUUCAGCCCCAACGUGCCAGAGAAGACCCUGGGCGCCAGCGGGCGCUAUGAAGGCAAGAUCGCACGCAGCUCGGAGCGCUUCAAGGAACUCACCCCCAACUACAAUCCCGACAUCAUCUUCAAGGACGAGGAGAACACGGGUGCCGACCGCCUCAUGACCCAGCGCUGCAAGGACCGCCUGAACUCGCUAGCCAUCUCUGUUAUGAACCAGUGGCCUGGCGUGAAGCUGCGGGUGACUGAAGGCUGGGAUGAGGAUGGCCACCACUCAGAGGAGUCCUUGCACUAUGAGGGCCGCGCGGUGGACAUCACCACCUCAGACCGUGACCGCAAUAAGUACGGACUGCUGGCACGCUUGGCAGUGGAGGCUGGCUUCGACUGGGUGUAUUACGAGUCCAAGGCUCACGUGCAUUGCUCCGUCAAGUCUGAGCACUCGGCAGCAGCCAAGACGGGUGGCUGCUUUCCUGCUGGAGCCCAAGUGCGCCUAGAGAGUGGGGCACGUGUGGCCCUGUCAGCUGUAAGGCCAGGAGACCGGGUGCUGGCCAUGGGGGAGGAUGGGAACCCCACCUUCAGCGACGUGCUCAUUUUCCUGGAUCGUGAGCCAAACAGGCUGAGGGCUUUCCAGGUCAUCGAGACCCAGGAUCCCCCUCGUCGCCUGGCUCUCACACCCGCCCACCUGCUCUUCACUGCUGACAACCACACAGAACCAGUAGCCCAGUUUCGGGCCACAUUUGCCAGCCAUGUGCAGCCUGGCCAGUAUGUGCUGGUAGCAGGGGUCCCAGGCCUGCAGCCUGCCCGGGUGGCAGCUGUCUCCACACACGUGGCCCUCGGGGCCUAUGCUCCACUCACAAGGCAUGGAACACUGGUGGUGGAAGAUGUGGUAGCCUCCUGCUUUGCAGCUGUGGCUGACCACCGCCUAGCUCAGUUGGCCUUCUGGCCCCUGCGACUGUUUCCUAGCUUGACCUGGGGCAGCUGGACCUCAGGCGAGGGCGUGCACUGGUACCCUAAGCUACUUUACCGCCUGGGACGUCUCUUACUAGAAGAGGGUAGCUUCCACCCGCUGGGCGUGCCUGGAGCAGGGAGCUGAGAGGCCCCCACCACUGCCCUCCAGGAACUGCCAUGCUGGAUCCAAAGGCCUCCCUGCCAGGAGGACUCUGGCUCUGGAAGGGACCUGAGCUGGGGGCACUGGUCCCUACCAUCUCCUCCACAGUGGAGAUCCAUCAUUGAGACUUGGCUGGGCAAUGCUAGUGUCCCCCAGUGUAGUGAUAGAGCUGAAUGCUGAGCUGGAAAGGUGGUGGUGGGCUAGCUCUCUAGCCUAGAGACCUUGACACCCAGCCAGCUCUCACUGAUUCUUCACACCCUGCCUCCCUCUGUGGGAGGACCAUUCCAUCUCUUUGGAUGCUUACUCCAGUCUUUCUCCAGCCUGGUUUCCAACUUCAUUAUUGGUAAUAGACCACAGUAUGAAAAGAUUCUGCCCACAGAUGGGCUUGCACCUCAGUUGAUGCUGCUAGAUUCCCUGGGAGCCAGCAGGGAGCUGGCUGGAUUCAUUGCUGCCCAGAACCAAGAAGACCACAAGGGUGGGGCAGCCAUCCUGGCCAUCCUGAGGCAUGACCUUCCACUGGCCACACUCUUCCAGAUACAUCCUCAAACUGUUGCUGUCAGUGGGCAGAGUCCUGUGUUCUGGCCAAUGUGACCAUAGUACCUGGGACUGGGGGAGAGGGGCUGGAUGUCCUUGCUACCCCUGCUCAGGCUAAGCUCCCUUUUCUGCUGAACCAUGACGCCACCCCCUCCUCUGGUCAGUCUCCCCCACCUUAUUUAUUGGCACGGAGGGGGAAAUCCACGGGAGAACUUGGGGGAUGUUUUGGUCUUUUCUGCCUUUUGUAAUAAAAAUUAUUUAAGUUGUUAGA